AUGGCGACACUGCCUCCGUUCUUGAGAUCCCCGGCGCAGUGUGCACACCCAAAUUCGUACAUAAACGCGAGUUUCUACCAUGACAGAUUCAAAGCAUCUGUACACGCUCUGUGGUGGCCGUCACGCGUUGAGCACCCGCGUACAGUGCUCGUCUUCAUACCAGGUAAUCCUGGCCUGGUGGAUUUCUACACUCCCUUCUUGACGGCCAUCCAUGACGCGUCGGAGGGUAAGAUACCAAUCCUUGCUCAUGCUCAUAUCGGACACACGCCGGGGUUCACAAUCCUCCAUGAUCCGCCAAAGUUCGGCUUGACUGCUCAAGUUGUAAGCGCUAUCGAGGCUGUGGAUGCUGUGGAACGUACAUUUGGAGAGACAACGCAGGUCGUCGUUGCUGGUCACAGCAUAGGGUCAUGGAUUGCUUUGCAAGUCCUCAAAGCUAGACCUGACACCGUGUCGUCCGUGUUGCUCUUAUUUCCCACCAUCGCACACAUCGCAAACACGCCGAACGGUCGCGUACUCUCUCCGCUAUUUCGUCCACCGUUGCCAUACAUCAUCUCGUGCAUAAGUAUCCUGCUAUGGCUUAUGCCCCUCCGAAUUCUAUGGUUGCUGAACAAGGACUGGCCGCUUGCGCGAGUUCGGGUCCUCCGCGCACUAACGCACUCUCCAUCCUCGAUAUAUUCAUGUCUCACUAUGGCACAUGAUGAAAUACAGCUUGUUCGAGAGCUCGAUGCUCCCCUUAUGCAAGAGUUUAGACACCGCCUGCACCUCUUCUUCGCCGAGCAGGAUGGCUGGGUUGGUCCGGACCAACGAGAGCUUAUAUUGCGUACCUUCGAUGCGGAUCCGGGAUCGGUAAAGGUGGUUCACGGACGCAGAGAUAUUCCUCACGCGUUUUGCAUCAACCACGGAGCAGAGGUAGCCGCGCAGUGCUUUGAGUGGCUCAAGUCAGGCGAUUUCUUAUGA